AUGUCCCUCCAAUCCCUCCAAUCCCUCCUCCUCGCCACCUUUCACCUCCUCACAGCAAACUACUUCCUCCUCCCAUCCCCUCCACCCCUCCCCACCAACCCCAUGAAGCACAUCAUCAUCAUCGGCGGCUCCUUCGCCGGCAUCAGCACCGCCCACCGCAUCCUCAAACAAGCCUCCAAAACCACCGCCGCGCCCUUCAAAAUCACCCUCGUCUCACGUGACACGCACUUUUACUGGAACAUCGCGGCGCCGCGCGCGGUGAUGCCGGGACAAUUUGAGGAUGAGAAGCUGUUCCUGCCGAUUGCGGAGGGGUUCAAGGGGUAUCCGGCUGUGAGGGUGGAGGUUGUUGUUGGGGAAGCAGUGGGGGUGGAUGUUGAGGGGAAGGAGCUGGAGGUUUGUGUUGAUGGUGCUGGGGUUGGGGAAAAGAGGAUGCUGCGGUAUGAUUUUUUGAUAGUGGGGACGGGGUCGAGUUCGAGGGAGGGGAUGCCGUUUAAGUCUUUGGGGUCGACGGAGGGUACGCGGGAGGCUUUGCGUGGCCUGCAGGAGCGUGUGAAGGGUGCUGAGACAAUUGUUGUGCUUGGGGCGGGGCCGACGGGCGUGGAGAUUGCCGGUGAACUGAGUGGGGAGUAUGGUGCUGCGAAGAAGAUUUAUCUUUUCUCCAGGGCGGCUGCCGUACUCGAAGGCCGACCAGCCAGCGUAUCCCAAACGGCACUGAAGCAGCUCCAAAAACUCAACGUAGACGUCAGGGUUUCCACGAGCAUCGAGACCAUCACCGACCUCCCCGACGGCCGGCAGGAACUCACCACGUCCAAGGGGGAGAAAGUCGUCGCCGACCUCUGUAUCCCCACAUACGGCGUCCAACCCAACUCAUCCUACGUCCCCGCGCAGUUCCUCGACGCCAACGGCUUCAUCAAAGUGGACGAGUACCUCGCCGUCAGAAACGCAGACGGCGUCUUCGCUAUAGGUGACGUCUCCGACGCCGAGCCCCCUCAGUUCUGGUUCGUCGAUAAGCAGUCCCUCCACAUGGCGAAGAACAUGGUCCUUACCUUGAGCGGGAAGACGCCCGUUCCUUAUAAAGUCUCAACAACAGGCAUGAUGGGUGUGCAAAUCGGGAAAAAGGGUGGGACGGGGCAUUUUGGGAGUUUCAAGUUGCCUGGAUGGCUUGUGGCGAUGUUGAGGAAGUCGCUGUUUGUGGAAAAUUUGGCGAGGACGGUUGAUGGGUCGAUGCUUUGA